AGAGAGAGAGGGAGAGAGAGAGACACGAGCAAACAUCAAAAGAGGCGAAGCACGCUGUACCAUGCGAGCUCGCGCUCGAAAAUCGCAAUGUCGGAUCCACGGUGACGCGCAUCAUCUUCUUCAUCAUCAUCUUCAUCACCACCACCACCACCACCACCACCGCCGCCGCCAGCAUCACCACCACCACCACCACCACCCUCGAUCACCCCGUUUUGCAAAGGGAACGUGUUUUUUUUCUCACCGGAGGAACUUCGCAGGAACACGGAGGGUCCGCGCGCGGGGAAACAUGGCCGAAGGAGGGCCGGGCGGAGAUACCGCCAAGUGCCCGGGGCAGGAGGAGCGGAGCCCGGGGCAGGUCCUGGCUGGAUCCGGCUACUGCAAAUGGUUCAAUGUGCGCAUGGGAUUUGGAUUUAUAUCGAUGACCCAGAGCGAGGGGCGUCCAGUUGACCCUCCAUUAGACGUCUUUGUCCACCAGAGUAAACUGGUGAUGGAAGGCUUCCGGAGCCUGAGGGAAGGCGAGCAGGUGGAGUUCACCUUUAAAAGGUCCAGUAAAGGGCUGGAGUCGCUCAGGGUAACGGGGCCCGGGGGCGGACCCUGCUCCGGCAGCGAGCGACGCCCCAAAGGCAAGGCUCCGCCCCCCAAACGCAAACCAAAGGGAGACCGGUGUUAUAACUGUGGAGGUCUGGACCAUCAUGCUAAAGAGUGCAGCCUGCCCCCUCAGCCAAAGAAAUGCCACUACUGUCAGAGCGUGAGUCACAUGGUGGCCCAGUGUCCCCACCGGGGGGCGCCAUCCCCCUGCAGCUCUCAGGACCCCCGGCAGCCCAGAGACGACGCCCACUCCUCAUCACCGGAGGACACGCCUCCCACCUCUCAGCACUGGAGGCCGCCUCGAGACUGACCCGCAGACUCGCUUCUGAACUCUGACCCUUUUCCUCACUUUGAGAGAGCCUGGAUCCAGCAUCGUCUACCUCACACGCUCGAGGAACAUGGGAGGUCCUCGCUUCCUGCGCAGCUAUGGCUACAGCAACAGCCAUGUGUGUGUGUGUGUGUGUGUGUGUAUUAGGACCCUGACUGAUUUGCCCUCUAUGCAACUAUGGCACAGGUUAUCAGGGGGUAAUUGUGUGUGUGUGUGUGUGAGGAAGGUGAGAGAUGUGC